UUUUCGUCGUACUUUACUAUCGUUAUAAAGUAUUUUACAAAACAUUAAUUUUGUACAUACAGAAAUGUGUAAUUUAAUUUGUUUCUAAAAGACACGAUAUUUCCCAGUGACAAACAGAAAAUGUGGUUUGCAAAAUUUUCUACGUUGUUGGUCAACCUGCUAUUUUUCGCGGCAACACGGUAACAAGACGCUGAUGCAAAAGAAAGCCCGACGCCUCGCUUCUUCGUGCGUAUUGCUCUGGCGUUUUGUGAUUGUUCUGUAGUUGUUUCAGUAUUUGAAGCAAAAUGAGCAAAGGUAAGGAAUCAUCUGCUGCAGAGACUGAUGGAGGAGAAGAGUUCAGCGUUGAAAAAGUUUUGGACAGAAGAGUGGUAAAAGGAAAGGUUGAGUAUUUCCUAAAAUGGAAAGGAUAUUCCAAUGAAGAAAAUACAUGGGAACCAGAAGAAAAUCUGGAUUGUCCAGAUUUAAUUGCACAGUUUGAAGAACAACGUAAAAAGAAAGAAGCUGCAGCAGCUGGUAAACGACAUGAGGAUAAAGAACAAAAGAAACGAAAGAGUACACCCAUACCUACAAAUACUAAAAAGAGAAUAACAGAAGAAAAGAAACCUGAAGGCUUUGACAGAAACUUAGAACCAGAAAGAAUUAUUGGUGCAACAGAUUCAAGUGGGGAACUCAUGUUUUUGAUGAAGUGGAAGGGAACAGAUGAUGCAGACUUAGUCCCUGCUAGAAUUGCUAAUGAAAAAUGUCCACAGAUUGUAAUAAAGUUUUAUGAAGAACGACUGACAUGGCACAGUCCUACUCAUGAUGAAGAAAGUUCUACAAAAGCUGAUCCAGAGUAGCGUCCAGCCUUCCGGUAUGCGUACACAGUGCGCUUCAGAAUUUGCCGCAUAUAAGAAAACAACUAGUGUGUACAAACUGAAAUUUCAAAGAUUUUGUUGGUCAUUGCACAGUAACAAUAAUGUGAAUUUGUUUUUUUUUUUUUACAAUUAUUGGUACAACAGACAAGUGUCACUACAUAUGUGUAUCACUAUU